GACUCCACAAAGCUGAAUAUUGGAGAAUCCAUACUAAAGCACUAACGUCUCAGAAAACACAACAAGCUGGAGGAUUUCGAUUGCUCAUUGGAUCAGUCGUCUCUGGGCACUAUUUUUAGAGCCCAGCCUGAUACACCUGACAUGUCAUGAAACACCCUGCCGAUCCAUGUCAUCACCACUGGAUGUCGAUGAAACAUUAUCUCCACGAUGACCUCCGCUCGGGCGUCCAACCCCCCCGUGUUGCUACGGUGCUCGAUCUGCGAGCUCUAGUGAUCUGAUCGAAUCUAGGGUGUGAAAUGUUGCAAAACAGCCACCGUGUUUUGUCCCUCGUAUUAGGCAGCAGCCCUACUCUACUCUUAAAUAUAUAUCAUCCUCUCAAAUAGAACAUUGGGACCGACAGUGUUCCUCCUAUUGUCGUAUCCAUUUCCUCUCCCUCCUUGUACAGGCAACAUAAACCAUGGACAAAAGCCUAAUGUACCUCCCACCAGAACUCCACAUGCACAUCGCAUCGUAUCUCUCCUACCCCGACGCGCUAGCCCUCAAGCACACCUGCCGCCAUUUCUACAGCCUCGUCUACACAGGCGUGCACCUCAAAGUUGACUGGCUAGUUGAGCGCUUCGAGCGCAAGCUGGAGUGUCCCAUGGAGAAGUGCUCUUUCCGCACGGACGAGUCCUUCUGCAACUGGCGCAUUCGGCGCAUCAUGGAGCGGCGACGGCGGCAUUUCGAGUGCUCGCGGUUCCGGGGUGGGUGUUUGGUGGUUGAAGGGAGGACGUGUCAGAUGGAUUUGGUGCCGACUUGGUUGAAGAGGCAGGGGCGGAUGAAGGUUGUGAAGGAUGUUGGGAAUGAAGUCUUGGUGCAUGGGGUGUUGUUCCUGUGUAUCAGCUUUUUGUGGAACUUUGGGGCGAGGUUGUUCUCGUUGUGACAGGUUGUCUCCAAAAUCACUUAGGACGCCCAUGGUGACCAUAACUAUCUGCAUUACCAUGGCAUGCCUAAUCCCACUCUGAACGCCAGCAUCAGCAUUUCCACUUCUCGCCACGCUCUACUCCAUUCUCUCUCAUCUCUCAUCUUUCUGCAUCGCGUGCCUGUUCUUAAAUGAAUGAGCUCCCGUCGUGCGAGUUGUCGCAAAGACAAGGUGC